AUGCUCUUUGCCUGGUUUGUUGGAGCUUUGGCUAGCGGUCUCAUGGUCUGCGAGCCACUGUCAAAGUUCUGGGUUCACACUACUCCUGGACACUGUCUUCCCACAAUCACUUAUUUUCGGGCCAUUGCCGGUACCAAUCUUGCGACCGACGUUUUACUACUGGUACUUCCCAUUCCGAUCGUCUGGGGUCUUCAUCGACCGACUAGUGAGAGACUUGCUCUAAUCGCAGUGUUUGCGCUCGGGGCCUUUGUCACGGUCGUGAGUGUGAUCCGAAUCGCGCUUUUAACAUCCCCGGAUGAUCCAGAUCCACUAUGUGAGUCUCGGAACGAAACACAUUCCAUCCCUAUCUACCCACGCCUUGUUAUCACCACUUACACGGAUUUCCACUUAGGGGCAAACACUCAAGGGACUGUCUGGACUUCGGUCGAAACUAGCAUUGGAGUCGUCUGUAUUAAUCUCCCCACCAUGUCCCCCAUAUUCCGUCGAUAUAUCCUACGUCGUGAGGUCAGCUCCGCGAAUUCCAAGCCGAGGAGUCUCCCCUUGUCGUACCCUCCCAGCAGCAAAAAGCCCAGUGUUAAUCGACGCCGUGGCUCAACUUCAAGUACUGAAGGCCUUGAAACCAAAUGGUCAAUUUCAGAUAAUGAUCAUUCGGACAUGGUCAUGACAACAGGUUUGACAGUGACUGGGCAUGAAGAAGAGGGAAUUGAGAUGGACAAGUUAAAGAGACACUCGUCCAAAUCAGUAUGCCACGACUGUGAAGAUCGUGAAAGAGAUCCAAAGUUAGGCCAUUGA